AUGUCUUACUCAUCGUAUUCGACGCCAUUUGCGUCGUCGUCGUCGUCGUCGUCAUCAUCUUCGUUGAAGUUCGCGAGCCUUCCUGUGACGGGACUCAGAGAUAAAAUCGUUGAAAAGAUUCAAGAGAAUCGCGUCACUCUGAUAGUCGGUGAAACUGGUUGCGGUAAGAGCUCGCAAGUUCCUCAGUUUAUACUAGAAGAAAAUAUGGAACCCAUACUAUGGUUUUCCUUGAUCGUCUUGAUUCACCCGUAG